UCUCCUUGUGUUUCAUUCACCCUCUCUCUCUCUACUUGUGUUUCAUUCACCCCCUCUUUCUCUCUCUCUACUGCUUGUCACGCAUAAAGCCUCCUCUGAACUGCUUCCCCUCUUUUUUCUAGCUCUUCAAGCUCUAUCACAUACAGAAUCAUCUACAAACCAUUCCCCUCUUCCCCUCCCUUCCUCUCUCCAUUGUAGACAUGCUUCUCCUCAGAUGAGGUAAACUCUCUAUCCAAUGCCCAGAUAUCUGCUAUCUGUUGGGCCCUGAGAACGGAGAAAACCGCAUAUUAACGGGGAAUUGCUCGGCUCUAGCCCUCUGCUCAAGCCCCUUUCUCUCUCUUCCUCUGCAACUCUAACCUCUCUCCACCCAAGUCAUUCUCUCUCUACACUACCCAAGCCCCCUCAAUCUCUCUCUUCCCAAGCCUAUUCUCUCUCUCUACUAGCUGUGCCCCUUUGCAACCCCAAGCACCCCAACUAAUCAUGUACUCUCUCUCUUGCUUAAGCCCUUGAAGAAAUCUCAGGUCGCGUUUAAACAAUUGAUUGAAGUUGGACUAGUUUCUCUGGAGAUUUGCCAGAUAUGUCGCAAUCUGGGGAAACAUGUAAAGAGGGAAACAUAGCAUUUAAAUGGGGAAAAAAGAGAGGAGUUGGAGGGAAGCAACAGGAAGUUCAGUUCUACGAGUCCUUCAGUUAUGAUGGUGUGGAUUACCAUCUCUAUGACUGCGUAUAUCUCUACAAGGAACGUGAACCGGAGCCCUACAUCGGUAAACUUAUCAAGAUAUGGGAACAACGAGUUCAGAAGGUGAAGAAAAUUAAGGUCCUCUGGUUUUUCCGCGCUGUUGAAAUCCUUAAUUGGCUGGACAGUGAUGGAGCUAUGGAGAACGAGUUAUUUUUGGCGUCUGGUGAAGGUCCUGGUCUUGCCAAUAUAAAUCCUCUGGAAGUUUUAGUAGGGAAAUGCAAUGUCGUCUGCACAUCGAAGGAUAAUCGAAAUCCCCAGCCUUCUAAGGAAAUCUUGGAAAUGGCUGACUAUAUUUUCUAUCGGUUGUUUGAUGUUGGGAGCUGUAAAAUAUCUGAAGACAUUGGGGUCAAAGUAGCAGGCAUUGAAGCUAAGUUCAUAUUUAAUAGGGAAGGAAUUCAAAAGCCAAAUUCCAUCUCUGAGCAUGAAUCACAUGGAAAAGAGGGAAUUGGAAAGACUAAUCUGUUUAGCCAAUCUAUGCCUUCGGCAUCCAAGCCAGAUUCGCAAUUUCCAAAUGUAGUCCCAGAAGGUGCAUCACAAGGAGAGAGGACUAAGCAAUUAUCACAAGUUUCUAGUGAGCCAAAGUCACACAUUUCUCCCAAAUUAGAAUUUGACAAGAAUAGUGUGACUGUGAUUGCUAUGGAAAUGGCUGAAGUUGAAUCUAAUGGUGGAAAAGGAAAGGUUUCAGAGGUUUCCAUCAACGAGAAGAGAAAAUUAGUUAAAAAUGCUUCGGAACUUGAUAAAAGGCCUCCCAAAAUGGCAAAGCUUGAUGGCAAGAUUGAUAAACCGAAGCCUAAUGUGUCCUCUGCUCCAGCUCUUGACAAGAACAACACAACUGAUGGACGGUAUAUGGAAUUGAUGAGAAGGCCAGAUACUGACAGAAGCAAAUGGUUCAGGCAAAUUCCUUGGGAGGAGCAAAUGUUAAAAGGUCAUGAGAAUGGAACACUUGUCCUCCUUGAAAAUUUGGACCCAUCAUACACUUCAACAGAAAUUGAGGAAAUAGUUCAUACUGCCUUCCAGGAGAAUUGUCGUGCAAAAGUGAUACCAUUGACUGCCAUUUCCAGUCCCCAUUGUGGUCGUGCUUUUGUUGAUUUCAAAACAAGAGAAGCAGCAGAUAUGGUUAUUCGAAGAUUGGAUGAGGGAUGCUUGAUGCUACCAUCUGGAAGACCACUUGUUGCCAGCAAAGGAAAACAUCUGAUGCCAAGGAUGUCCACAAAAUUUUUUGGCCAUCUCUCUGUUGAAAAGCUCAAGUUUCAAAAUCACCGUGAAGAAAUGAGGAAAGCAGUGUCCACAUCACACUGUUCUCAGCCAAACACGAUUGAGUAUGAGAUGGCCAUGGAAUGGAGAUUAUUACAAGAAAAAUCUGAUUGCUGGUGGAAAGAGCUUUAUAAGCAACAUUCUGAGGAGUUGAAAAAGCUUAGGAACAAUUUACAAAAGAAGUAGGCUUCCUUCCCAGACCAGGAAAUUUUGAAUCGUACUUGACAGUUGCAUCAUGAAUAUAAUUUUAACCUUGUCCGAUAUAGUCAACUCCACACAGUGAUGGUGAUGUGGCACCAUUGAAGUACAAAGAGACAUGUUCUUGAUUCUGUACAAAUUGGCAUUAGAUGAAGAGAAUAUAAUAUAUGGAAUUUCGAACUUCAAAAAAAUGAAUUGAAUCUGUAAAGGUGGUUGACUCCAAGAUAUGUCAUACUGGAUGUUAGAGUGGUGUGAAACAAGUAUUAGCCCCUGAUUCACGGUCUACUACUUUCUACCUGCACCUGUGUAGUUAAGGGAACACCUGAAUCAAGUUUUUCAUUAUCUGAUAUAGGAUUCUUGAAACUCUAGAUGAUAGGUUAUGCUUUUACUCACUGAGUUUCCACAUUAUACUUGAAGGUUGUGUAAUCAAAUUUUGCUCUCAGCUCUGAAUUUCCUUAGCUGUAAGUCUCCAUGUUUUAGUGGGUUUAUCAUUGUGUAUAAUUUAUAGCAGUGUGGGGGCACUGGGUGUAAUUAGCGGUGAAUCUUGGCAUAUCAAAAUUCACCAACAUCAAAAUGAGCGGCAAAUCCCUCCAAAACUUACUAGAACAAGCAUGGAACUUGACAUGGCAGUCAGACAGUCAAUGGAGAACCCACUCAAAUUAGAGAGAAUUUCACCAACAUCAAUGUGGUUCUCCUUUCAUGUAGAAAUAGCAUAUACAUGCCCCAUGACAAUUCCAUUUCGUACCUUUCACAAAUAAUGAUUUUGCUGCUUAAAAACAUUCCUAAUUAAGAUACUCUUAACCCCCAAGAAAUCUUCUUAAUGCAAAUGUCUAUUUGCCAUCCAGCAACAUCUCAAAACAGGCAAAUUUUCCUAAUGAAACCACU